GGCUUUAUGUUUGGCAUCGGACACACGUUCGGCCCAUUCAUUGAGAAACCCUACCUCACGGGUGACCAGUUUGCAGGGCUCACCCAAGACAACCGGAACGCGCUGUUGGCCAAAAACAUAUCGGUCCGUAAGGCCGACAUCGCCGGUAUUGAUGACACCGAUGUCCGCCGACAUAAGCUUAUGAUACCGUACUUGAUAUGCGGCUCAAUACAUAUACUGGGUAAAUACAAUAAUUAA